UUUAUUAAUCAUUCAUAAAUGUUUCAAAUUUAUUUACAAUAUUAAAUUAAUAUUGUGCCCAUAUAUAAUGCGUGUCGAUUAGACGAACCACGAGACUUGGCAACUACACAAAUCCACCUCGUCCUUGGAAGCAAAACGACGGAAUUAAGUGCUUCUCGAGGAUUUAGUCUCGUUGUACAUCAUCCUCUGGAACCGAACUUGGUUGGGCCAAAGCUUCGACAUGGAUUCUCUACAUAAGGCAGUGAGAGAUCGAGACCAUGAUAGGCUGGAAGAGCUGCUACGUUCCGGUAUGUGUGACAUCAAUCAGAAAAACGAUAAAGGAGAGACGCCAUUGGAGAUAGCGGUGUUUCUCGGGGAUUUCUGUGCGACCAAGCUGUUGUUGGACUUUGGCGCCGAGCCCAUCCUCCAGGCUGACUCUCUUACGCAAGACACGGGCAUACGUGGCGGUAAAACGGUUGUCAUUCGGGAGCUCAUCAAUCGAGGCUGCCACCCAGACCGGAUCACCUAUCCACCACAUCGGGUAACUGACACCAUCUGGAACAUGGUCAUAGAAAUGAAUGAUCCCGAACUCCUGCAAUGUUUGCUACAAAGUGCCGAGCGAGAAAUACAUGAUGAUGAUUGGUCCAACGCGUUACUGUUUACCGCCUGUGUAAAAGGUUCAUACCGAAUCGUGGAAUAUUUAAUAAGCUGUAAGUUGCCUCUGGAUAAUAAAGAUGCAGAGGGUCGAUCUGCGUUAUUCUAUGCAGUGCUAGGUGGUGAUAUUAGAACGUUCAAGCUGCUCAUGGAUAAUGGCGCGAAUUUGCACCAACUCGAUAAAAAUGGCGCGAAUCUGAUGCACUACGCGGUUGAAAGUAUUAACCAUCAUGACUUUGUCCAGUUAUUACUCGAGAACAAUGUAAACGUGAAUGUUUGCUCUAAAUACAAUGGCAUGCCGUUGCAUCACGCGAUUUACAGGAAUUGGUUGUUCACGAUUAAUUCGUUGGUAGAAAACAAUGCUAAUAUAAGUAGGGGGGACUUAUACGGAAGAAAUCCGUUUGUCGCUGCUAUUGAUAUUGACUGGGGUAUCGCUGACUAUUCGUGCUUUUACACAGGCGGUAAACAGUAA